CUUGAGCUCGGGAUGCAGUAGCCCAGCUGUGGGAGGAUGGCGGGUGCCGGAAGGACGGCCGGUUUCUCGGACGAGCAGUUCCGGGAGGUCUGUGCAGAGCUCCAUCAACCGGCACUGGCCGGGGCCAAAUGGCAGCCGCUGCUGGAGGCCUCGGGCCUCACCAUCUACCGGCUGCUGGACCAGAAAACUGGACUUUAUGAGUAUAAAAUGUUUGGUAUUCUGGAAGGUUGUUCACCAUCUCUGCUCGCAGAUGUCUACAUGGACUUAGACUACAGAAAAAAAUGGGACCAGUAUGCGAAAGAGCUCUGCGAGCAGGAGUGCAGUGGACAGAUGGUGGCCUACUGGGAAGUGAAGUACCCUUUCCCUCUGUCCAACAGAGAUUACGUCUACACCCGUCAGCGGCGAGAUCUGGAUGUGGACGGGAGGAAGGUCCACGUGGUCCUGGCCCAGUGCAUCUGUGUGCCUCAGUUUCCAGAGAAGUCUGGGGUGAUCCGAGUGAAGCAGUACAAGCAGAGCCUGGCAAUCGAGAGCAACGGCAAGAAGGGGAGCAGAGUUUUCAUGUACUACUUUGAUAACCCGGGUGGCCAGAUUCCGUCCUGGCUCAUUAACUGGGCAACCCAGAAUGGAGUUCCAAACUUUUUGAAAGACUUGGUGAAAGCCUGUCAGAACUAUCGCAAGAAAACCUAAGCAGAAGAAUGGGACCCCAGCAUCCAUCAGUGACAUCUCUGGAUGAUGCUUGUCCUUCCCUUCACACGUUCCUUCUUCAAAGGUCCACACAUACCUGAGCCAUGCUUGCCUUUACCUGGCUCACUUGCUGCCUUCUUUCUCACUGGUCCUACUCAGGGCCUGGCACCUUCUUCCACUAUUGGAUGGGAGACCUGGGCUUGUUUAUUUGUAACUUGGGAAAUCCUCAGUAGGGAAGAGGAGCCGUACUGUUGUGCCAUUUUUAGGGGGAUGAGUGAGAGGAGGAAGGAUGACAAAGUGAAGGAAUGGCCCUUCCUGGAAAGCAGGCUAACUUCAGCACUCUUUCUUGCAAGUGAAAGUAGCUUUUGGUCCAUAGUUGACCUUCCAUGUUCAAAUACUGGAGAUACAGUGAUGUCCGUUCUCUAUCCGCUUUCCUGACUUGGAUUUGAGAUAGCAAGUAAGUCUGGCUGUGUUCCCAUGUGCGCAGGAUCAGUAGCUGCGGUGAUAUCAGACCAUUCUGAGGAGCAUCUCAGGCCUGACUGAGUACAUGUUGAGAUGACUGAAUUUUUUUAAUCGCCCACAUCUGGGCUGUUCCUUUCCCAUAAGUCACUGGGAAAAUGCUGCCUAUACCUCUCUAGCUGUUCAUUUGAUUGCAAGCCCAAGGCUUCAAGAACAAAGAUGCCUUGCGCAUAACACAAUGACGGUGUCUUCCUGUGUAGCACGGUGGCUUUCCCUUCUGGAAUGUGUGGAGAUAUUGAAGGGAUAAUAAUAGUUUACAACCAAGUAAAACUGAAGUAGUGAUUUGGUGUGCUCUUCACCUCUUUUCUUAGGAUUUCUACCUCUUCAAAACAAGGACACUCAGAGCCCUAUGUUUGACCCCGGAUUUUUGUAGGAAAAUAUAUUCCGUGGCCAAGACACAGCCUUGAUGAUCUCAGGGAAAAGUUUUAAUCACUCUGUGAAAACCUUGAUUAAUAGAUCUGGAAAUUCACUAUGCAAAGCCAGAAAAAGGAAAUUGUGAAAGUGGGAUUCCUUAGACUGUGUGUUCUUUCUGGGAAGAAAGUUGUGUUCUAUGAAUAAACACAGUGACUUAUGCUUCUCUCA